AACUAUUUGAACAAUUUGAACCAUUUGAACUUGACGUUACACGAUCGCACUCACCGGCGUCACCUAUGAUUAUUUAGUUACAUUGAGAUGUUAGAUUUCCUCAACCUGAAGAAAAGUGGCUACUUGUGUGAAUUAUGUCGUGAAAGUAUAAAAGGCGAAAACUGCACACCAAAAUCAUGCUCUCAUAUGUUUCAUAUUAAUUGCUUAGAGGAUUGGGCUAGUGAUUUUGACUGUUCUUCGGGAUUCGCCUGUCCUGUCUCUGGUUGUUCCUUAUCCUUCAGUGAAAUACUAAUCCGCAAGACACCUGGUUCUGUAAAUUUUACAGUAACGUCCUUUAAAGAGAACCACCAAUGCCCGAUAUGUUGCGAGAGGAUUCGAAAGCCUGUUGCUACUCCGGAAUCAUGCAAUCAUGCGUUUUGCUACAUAUGUCUAAAAGAGUGGUCACGUGUACGGCAUGAAUGUCCUCUGGAUCGUGGCGUUUAUGAACUUAUUUUAUUGUCUGAUUGGGUUGGGGGCCCCAUAAUAAAGCGGGUAUGUCGUAUUCUUUGUCAAAAAUAUAUAAAGCCAUAUAUACUUGUGUGAUCAGUUAUUAGAGUAUUCUUUUUCAUGAAUCAUAUUGAUCCAGCAACACAUUAGUGUGUCAACUGCUCAAUGUGUCUUACAUCGGUGUCUUUUAGUAUAUAAUGAAUAGCUAACUUACCAUGUACGCCAUUCACGAGACUUAUGGUUCCGAUUGGUCUUCGUUCAAGGUUAAUGAUUAUUGCGACCAGAUCUUAGGUCACGAUUUUUAUUUUUUAGUUGUAAGAAAACACCUUUUGAUAAUGGGCCAGAAUUACUUACAUUGUACUUUGUGACCCAAUGGGGAGUUGGGAAACCCUGAUUCCAAACCAGUUGUGCACAUGGGCUCCAGGAUCCUGAGGCACUAAAUACCGUAUCAACCAGUCGUUUGUUACCGGCUACUACGGGAUUCCAUCUUCUGGCGUUACUUCGCUACCCUGUGGAUCAGACCUUUAGGUCGAAGGCUCCGGGUGUAGUCCCCUAAUACUACCUGCUUUGGUCUGAGCACCCAGGCUGUAUCACAGCCCACACACAAAUCAAGUGGCUUGUUUAGCGUAUAUGUCUUCGGUGCCCCCUCGUACUAAUAUUUGUGUUCAAAUAAAUAAAAAUUAUUAAACAAGGUAAUUCUUGGGACUAUAUUACAACCCUAUUCAGAGAAAUAGUUAAACAAUUUUCUUUUGUGCACAGUUCGGUAUUCUCCGUGUUUAAGUGCUUUGUCUGCAAACCGUCUUCAGAAAUGCCUUUCCACCUAACCGUUGACUCCUAGUGACGUGUUCGUAUGGCUUAGUUCCUAGAUUGUAUCCACUGCCAACCCAUUUUAACCAUUUAACUAAACUCUCGUAUAAAAUGCUCAUCGGGUAACCGAUAAACUUUAUGUGGCAAUGUGGGCUAAUGGAUAUCUGCCACGUUUUGAAUUACUUCUGAAUAACUAAUUAGACCUGGCUCCCCAAGAACAAGUGGAUAGAUAACACGAUAAUCUUUUGGAUGCGUUUAUUUUAACCCACAGCUGUGCGACAUGGUCCGUGAAUUUCAGGGAAAUGCAAAUGUUCCCAGUAUAUAUAUAUAUAUAUACUCUAAUCAUUGCUGGGCUGUGAUUCAGAGAUUUUGGUAGACAUAGCCUUUCAAUUAAUGAUAUGAACUUUUAUGGACUAUUUCUGCUAGGACACACAUUAACCAUACCCUACUACCCCUUACGACGACACAAUGCUGUAUAGUACAAGGGUUGAUUGAAAAAUAUGGGCAGUCACAUUAACGAAUGACAUAGAGAUGCUAAAUCUCAAAAUAUAGCGUGUAACUUAAGAUUCCAUCCUGAAGUCAUAUUAUGAUUGGAAGUUCGCCUUCACUCAUGUGGAUUAGUUCAUUGUGAUUUUUCGUUCAUUUGACUUUUCUUCGGUAUAGUCAAUUGAAUCUAUUCAGCAUGAUAAUUUCUUAGCUAACAAUCAUUGAGUAUAAUAUGUAUCUAGUGAGAUAGAUUCGAACGCAAAUUAUUAUUUGGUUACUACCAUAUAAGUUUUCCUUACAAGAUUUGUGUUUUGGAGUAGUUGGGACUCGGAAGUAAUGGAUUUGUGGUAUCCUGAUAUCGGAGUGUAGUCGUGAUUUAUCUCUAUCACCGUAGACUGAUCAAAUCAGUUUGUGUGGUCACUGACCAGCUGUAUGAUUUGUGUUUGAAAAUGCAAUUUUUCAGGUUGGGAUCCCCAGGGAAAUCUUAAUCAGCGGUUGUAUGUGUUAAGUCUAUUAACCCUAAAUCGGUCGUUGUGGCUAUUUUAUUCAGCUUUUGUUUUCUCCCAUACUUUAGGUCUUAAUCUUUUUGUAGACCUUUCAUUGGUCAUUUUCAUUUCCUCUAUUCAAGCCAUACUUUCCGUUUGCUUUUAUCCUUACUAUCAUAUUAAUAUUACUGUUAUCCAUCUUGUUUAUUUCCUCUUGUUGUUAUAAUAUGGCAACUUAGACUGAUACAUUUUCACAUCGGAUCUUAGGUUGUUUAUGAAUAACCAGCAUUAGUUAGUUACGAAAGCUUUUCCCUUAGGUUGUUGAUGAUUCUACGUCCACUGAAGACACUAUUCAUAAAGAUGAUAUGGAGAUUCUUUCCAGGAAGCUUAAGGUCAUCCUUAAGAUUUAUAGAUAUAUCAACGUUAAUAUGUAAUACAUUUCAUACAGAGGUCAGUCAUUCACCAGGACGGUUUUGGUCUGUUUACCCUCACUUUAGACGCGUAAUUUUAUUACAUUUGUCUUUUUUGUAGCAUGGGAACUGUGGAUUCGUGUAGCAAAAUAAUUGACUUUAUUAUUCGGUUAAUGAUAGCACAGCUGCAGAAACUCGUCCAUUUAUCAUUUCAUGAAGGCCUUCUCUGGAGGAGUAUUUUAAUGCUCUAACGGGUUUUCGUAUUAAUUCAACAGUAAAAAGGGUUUUAGUCCAUUUUUAAUCGAAUAAGUUUUCUUCCUGUGGAAUUUCCAUAGAAUGUAAUCCAAAUCAUAUACCAUACAUAUAGUUGCAAACUGAUAACAAUAACUUUUAUCUGGUCAUUUUUCGCACGAACCAUAAAAACGCCCUCUAGUCACUUAUCUGUUAUCAAGAAAAUUUCACUCCCACUGAUGUGACAUAAAAUAUGCUUAGCAAUAGUUAUGGCCUUAUUAUUUCGAUGAUAUUUUCGUUGAUAUUAUGUCAUCUUAUUUUCCUACUGGUUUCUAUAGGUUAAUGCGCCACCUGUUAAACAGCAGCCUUCAGAAACACCACCAUUAGAAUUGGAUGUUAACUGUGAGGUAUGUCAUCGUCCAGAUGAUGAAGCACACUUGCUUUUAUGUGACCACUGUGAUAGAGGGUAUCAUACUUACUGUCUCCCAACCCCACUCUCAUCCAUCCCAGAUGGCGACUGGUUUUGUCCAGAAUGUCUUCGACAGGGGGUUGUCCCGCCCGAAAUAAUUGCUACCGAUGUCGCGCCAACAACAACUACUAAUAGACGUGUUCGAAGAAGUAUUCGGAGGUUAAUUGAUUCUGAGGCAGAGGAGAGUGAGCACGAUGAAUUGAACACUUCCUUAGAUUCUAGUUCAGAAAACCUCCAUUUAACACGUGAGCUUAGUUUUGCUGCUCAGCGGAGGCUUGAAGAGCAGGCUACUAGACGUCAUCGUGGACGUCGGUUAUUACAGGAUUUAAUCGCUGAUUUAAGUGAACGAAUAACAUCAGAAGCCUCUGUUCGAGCGCGACGCCGUCGUAGUCAACGACAACGUGUUCAAAAUCAGCUUGCAUCAGAAUCUACUAGUUUAAGUCCAUCUGGUCCAGCGAACAGUCAGACGACAAUCUGUUUCGAAAUAUCAUCUUCGACAAGUCAACCUGUCAGUAUCCGGUUGGGCCGUCCUCCAAGUUAUUCGAACUCUCACCACAGAAGCCAGAUUCAUAAUAUUGUUCGGUCAGAAUGUAAUGGACAAGUAUCAGGUCAUGAUCAGUCAGAGCCAUCCCGUAAAAGACUGCGUAUACUAUCCAGCAGUGAUUCGGAUUCAGAUGAUCAGAAUGGAGUUAUACUUCGUAACACAAAACUUACUGGUCACCGUUCUCGAUUACUACGAUCUCCUAGUGAGUCAGAAGUGGAAGAGUUUCCUGUUUUAGCGGGCCCAUCAUCCUCGCACGAUUCCAAUGGAGUUCAGGAAGGCAAUAUUGUCAUCCAAACGAGUACUAUCAGUCUUAAUGGGGAUGUAUGCAGCAGUAGAACUUCGGAGUCUUCUCAUAUGGAUUUCAUUCAAGAUUCUACAUUUGAAGUCACUCAUAGUAAAUCUGAUUCAGAAAAUUCUAAUUUCGAUGAAACUUUUGUUCCUGCUGUGAAAAACCCACCGAAAAAGAGAAAAACAACGAGAAAAACCAAAAGACGCUUAUCUAAAAAAGCGAAAGGCAGACAUGUCAAGAAAAGGUCACUCAAAUCCAGAUCAUUUAAGCGUUUGAGAAACAAAACAAUGCGUAAAAAGAUACGGAAACUCUCCUCGUCCCUACCGUCUGUUAGCCCGAAACCAUCAACUUCUUCCCAACUUCGAGUUCGAAAUGGCUUGAUAGGAUCUAGUCUACCUAAGUUAUCAAUUUUGGGUAAAGAAUCACAAUGCGAGUAGGUUUUUUUAGCAAUCCAUUUGUAUAACCUAAUCAUUUUGGCAUUACUUAACACCAAUUUUAAAGCUAAAUGUUCGUCUGAAUACACAUAUACUCUUAGUUAAUCAGAUCGUUUGAUCUUUAAAUUGUACAGUAAUUAGAGUUUACAAGUCACCAGUGUUUAAAAGUCGGUUGUUUGUAUAUAUAUAUAUAUAUAUAUAUGAGCAUACACGAAUAUGUAGCUUGAUAAUAAAUUAAUUACAGAUAGACCUCUCCAUUGAUUUUAUUUAUGGGAAUCGUAAUAUCAUUGAGGGAUCUACAAAGGCCCCCAAGUGCCCUGGUACGGCCGAGAGCGGGGAGAGUCCAUUCUCCCUCUCGAAAUGCUCUCACAUGGCCACGCGUGUAUAGCCUCUGCCAGGGAAGUCCUACUUACUGCCUUCUUGUGGCGGGGGUGUUGUUUACGAAAAUGAGAGAACGAAAAGCGAAUGUUCGGCGCUUUAACCGGAUUCCAAACCAAUGGUGCACAUGGGCUCCAGUAUCCUGUGGGAACAAAUGGCGUAUGAACCAAUUGUUGGUCACCGGCUUCCAUGGGACUGCAUCUCCUUACGAUGCUCCACUGCCUUGUGGAUCAGACCUUCAGGUCGAAGGCUCGGGGAGUGGCCCCCUAAGAGAACCACCUGCUUCGGUUUGGGCACCCGGGCAGUAUCACAGCCCUCACACAUAUCGAAUAAGAUUUGUGUGGCGCAUAUGUAUUUGGUGCCUCCUUGUACCAAUAUCUAUGCAUUAAAAUAAAUAAAUAAUAAAGCUACUAAUUUGCCUGGCUGUUAGUUUUCGAAAAAGCAAUUCAACUACAAUGCAUUUUACAUUAACUUCUUACAUUUAGUAUUGGCUGUAGUAUGUUUUAUCUGUGUCUGUAAUCUCUAGAUAGGUUGCGUAAAGAGUAAAUUCAUUCAUUGAAGGCUCCAUAGUUGAGAUCGUAUAAGAAAAUAUGGCAGAUUAGGUUGUUCCAUAAAGUUUUUAGUUCGAAACUAUGUGUUACACUUACUGUUUACUAAUUUAUUUUCCCCCAACCAUGCUCUCUUGUCCCUAGAAAAAUAUCAAAUAACGUCUACCUAAUUUUGUAACAUUUUACGUGAGAUUUAGUUGACUCGACUAAAAACUUGUGAGGUAUUUCUUCUUUAAACAAUUAAACAACAGUAAAAUAUACCUGAAGAUUAAUGGGAAUCUGUUAGAAACACACGUAGUUACUAAAAUCGACCAAACGUUUUGCAUGAUUAUUAUUAGUAGAAGAGUUUGACUUAUCGUUAACAUGUAUUAUCUUUUAGCUUCUAUUUGUACAUGUAGAUAAUCGUUUUUGCAUAUUUUCUAGUUUUAGACUUUUGGUCGAUGAAGAUGACGAUAAAGCAUCAAUCGUACCUUCUCUACCUAUCAUAACUGCUAGUUCCACUUCAAACAAUUCUAUUUCUCAACCGAAUCCUCGAUCAUCAACUUAUCUCAGUGACAUAGAAGCUGGACAGGCAUCAUUGUUCCGCUUUUCUACUCGUCAUAUGCAAGUAAAUCCGGAUCAUUCUAUGUCGCCUAUUCCGGUAGCCAAGGUCCCAUCACUUUCCACAAAUAAGGUCAAUAUAGCGAACUCAGUAAACAAUAAAUUCCCCUCUCUGUCUACAGUUAAUUCCAUCUCUUCUCCUUCUACAUCAGAUCGCGUAUCUUCUGUCUCCAAGCCUCUCAUAUCCUCAAAUUCAAAUACAAACUCUCAAGUAAAACAUUAUAACAAUACACCUGCAAAAUGUUCUGUUAUCAAUAAUCCUAUCCCAUCAACAUCUCACAGUUGUCCAAGUGAAGUUAAUCCUUCACAUUGUAAUUGGAGCUCUGAAUCUCUGCAAAGAGUAAAGUCUACCUUGAAACAUCAUUUAAAGGCAUAUGUCUCUUCUCACAGAAUAGACAAAGAAACUUGUCGUAAUAUUUUUCAACGUUCCUUGAGCAAGAUUAUCAACAAACCAUCUCAUAAGGUUACUGAUGAACGUAUUGCAAAGUUGGUUGAUGAUUAUGUUCAGUAUUGUUUGAGGCAUAGAACAUGAAUGUCAGUGCUUUUCUAAUGCAUUUCCCCUGUAAAUCCCACCUAUUAUUUACUUUUUAGAUUUUUUUUGUCUUUUCAUGUUUGAAUGUAACAAAUGUUAUGAAAGUUAUUAAAUUUUUCUUUAUGAAGUUGUAAUUUUUAUCGAUAUUAAUCCGAUGCUUGGUUUGCAUUACUUAUAGAAAAUAAUAUUUAUAGCAUAGUCACACCUAACAACUUGUAUACAACCUGCAAUGCAGCACUCAUUAUUUUUUUUGAUGAAUAGUACCAGUAGUUAUUUCGCUUUGGUUAAAUGUAAUAUAUUGUUCUGCAAUUCGUCAGCUCCUAUCAUGUUUCCCAUUUUAUAACAUAUAUUCAGAAAUUAAUAUGCAG